AUGAAGAUUAAGCCUGAUAUCAUGAGACCUGUGACACACCUGUUGAAGCUGACGGACUGCAGCGCAGGUGCAGGGGCCCUGGGCGAGUUGACCGUGGGGGUCAUCGGCGGAGGUCACCUGGGCAAGCGUCUGGCUCGAGCGCUGCAGGAGGGCAGUGGCAUCACGCCUGCGAACAUCAGAGUUUCCUCCAGAAGACCCGAGACACUCCAGGAACUCUCUCUGAUGGAGAUAGAAUGUUUCUAUGACAACCAGCGGCUAGCUUCCUGGGCGGACGUGCUGUUCCUGUGCUGCCUGCCGUGCCACCUGUCACAGGUGUGUGAUGACAUCAGAGCACACCUGCCUCGUCACUGCGUUGUGUACAGCUUCGUCUCUAAUGCUCCUGUGAAGAGGUUGUCUCAGCUGCUUGGCCACACCUCCAUCCUCAGACCAGCCUAUCAGCUUGUGCCGGGUGAUGCUGAAUGGCAGGGCCCGCCUUCUGUGAUGGCUGCUCUUAAGGAUGUGGAGGCAAUUGCAGCUUCCUGUCCCUUAUCCAUGAGCUGUGGGGUGCGUCUGGGAACUGGAUGGCUGCCAGCAGUACUGUACUCCCUGCUGAACAUGUGCAGUUCUGUGCUGCCACCAGAGGGGGCACUACAGCUCCUCAACCAGGUCCUAGGGCACCAGUCUGAUUCCGACCUGUCAAUCCAGCCUUUCAUCAGCCAAUCAUGUGCCUCCACUCUGUCCCCUCCCAGACCCCUUCCCUGGAUCAGUUUGAUCGAUGUACAGUCCAGGGACACUCCGUUGUCAUGGCACCUGAGUAGCAGCUCUGGUCUAAGGAAGCACCUGUUAAGCGUUUAUCUCACAACCCUAACACCAGAGGGCGAUAAGGAGCAGGAAAUCAGCUGCCAGUGAAAUCAACAUCAACUGAAGUGGUUUGCUGUUGAAUACAUUAAAUUCAAGA